GCCGAGACUUAUAAUUCAAGUUAUGCUCAAAGCACUAGAAUUACGAUUCCUGUCUUCGACGACAGAAAUCCAUCCAAUGUUAACAUUAUAUUAGAGGACGAAUGGAGUGCUAAAGUGGUAAAAGUGGACGGAUUUAAUGUUUCCAUCGAAAUAUCUUCAGCCCCGACAGCCAUUAUUGGCGAAUACACUAUAAGUGUUGAAACAAAGUCGUUGAGUAAAGGCAACCGAUCUCUUCAAGCAAACCAUGUGUCGGAAUCAAUAUAUUUAUUGUUUAAUCCGUGGAAUAAAAGGGAUUCUGUAUUCCUUAAGGAUAGGGAUGGAAGAGAGGAAUAUGUGUUAAAUGAAAGUGGAAUUAUAUGGAGAGGUACUCAUGAAAAGAUGAAGCCCACGCCCUGGAACUUUGCACAGUUUGAUGAAUACGUUCUGGAGGCCAGUCUUUAUGCCCUGUCAAAGGUGGGACGUCUUAGUGUCACCGAUAGAGCCGAUCCGAUCAAAGUAUGUCGACAUAUAUCAGCCAUUGUGAACAGUGUGGACGACAACGGAAUUAUGGUCGGCAACUGGAAAGAGGACUUUGGUGGGGGCACUGCACCCACCGAUUGGCACGGGAUUUGUGCCAUANUACCAAGUCGUGUGAUAACGAACUAUCAAUCGGCUCACGACACGCACACCAGUAUUACUGUCGACCGUUUCUUUGAUGAAGAAGGAGAGCCCAUCAAAAGCCUAAACACUGACUCCAUCUGGAAUUUUCAUUCAUGGAUUGAGGUUUGGAUUAAAAGGCCAGACCUUUCAAUGUCCGGAGAAUACGACGGGUGGAAUGUAGUCGACGCGACCCCACAGGAGCCGUCUGAUGGCCUGUACCGGUGCGGACCCACUAGUGUUGAGGCCAUAAAACAAGGCGAAGUCAACAGACAUUUUGAUGGAAAGUUUGUUUACGCAGAAGUAAACGCCGAUGAAGUAUUUUGGCUUUAUUUGGGACAAAAGCAACCUGUUAAACUUAUAUCUCAAUCAGCGGAUUCGUACGUUUUCAGUACACAUUGGUUUGAAUAUUUCAACGAAAGCUGUGCUCCGAAACACUCGCGUAGACAUCACUGAUAACUAUAAACAUAAAGAGAAAAGCGCUGAAGAAAGGGAAACAAUGAUUAGGGCCUUAAGGAUGUCUCGAAACCAAUAUUCAAGAUAUUAUCUCAACGAACAGUUUGAAGACAUUAGAUUCGAGUUCUUACUUCUCGAUGAUGUCCUCAUUGGCAGCUCUUUUACGGUUCGACUAAGAAUGCAUAACAGAAGUAAUAAAGUUUAUACCAUAAACUCUAUUAUCGG